ACCCAUGUUGUUCAAGGGCCAACUGUACAUUAUAAAAUCUACUCUCUCUUCUAUGUUAUGAAUUUUUCAAUUAUGUUAGAUAACAUUUUCAAAAACUCAAAAAAUAUUUUUUUAACAUCUCACUUGAUUAUAUAUAUAUACACUUGCAAAUAAAAUAGGAAAAGAAGCUACACCAGGAAUCCCAGUGCCCUAUAAAUGUUUUUACUGUUAAAAGAAAGAAAAAAACCCUUAAGGUCUUCCUGACAUUUCAAAACAAUGAUGUACCAAACAGCAUGGACUCUGAAUACUUUUCUCUUUUAUAGUAAAUUCUAUUGGCUUUUUAUACCAGAGAAGAUAUUUUUCCCCACGUCUACUUUACCUUUCACCAGUAGUCUAUUUUACCUUUUUCACUAGGAAGCUCAAAUAGGGGUCUAUAAUUUGUCACAGGGUAGAAAAGAAAAGGCCCCCCUUACACACACACACACACACACACACACACACACACAAGCAAACCCUUUGUAGAGAAGUGGAAGAAGCCAGGGAGGAUAUUCACUAGGCAAGAAAAAAGACUAAGCCCAUGGAGGCUUGAAUUACUGCUGGCCCUCCCUUAGCGACCCUCCCUAGGGUGUUAAGAAGUGACAACAUAAUUAAACCCUUGCAUCUAUCCAGUUGCCAUUGUUAGUGAGCUAAUCUGAGAGUAAACGGCAGCUGUACGAAUGGGAUAUUGCUUUACCUGCCUUGGGGGUAAAAUCAGUACCUAGACCAUUUAAUUUCCAGACCAUUAAAUCUGGCUGGGUGUAUCCUCCCUUGGAAAGUCACCCUUGGAAACAGACCUUGCUGGGAAAGUCUGGUUUGCUAAAACAGGAAUACUGUCAACGAGAAACUGGAAGGAGACGUCUCCUCUUUAAAAACAAAAGGUUGAAAAAAAAAAAAAAAGGUUGAAAUGUCCAUCGUGAGAACGAAGAGGGAUGGUUCUAGGGGAACAAGGAGCCUUAUUAUCACCAUACAAAAACCUCAGAUCAGCCAUGAAUGAAUGGAUGAAGAAAGGCCCCUUAGAAUGGCAAGAUUACACGUACAAAGAAGUCAGAGUGACAGCCAGUGAGAAGGAAUAUAAAGGAUGGGUUUUAACCACAGACCCCGUUUCUGCCAAUAUUGUCCUGGUGAACUUCCUAGAAGAUGGCAGCAUGUCUGUGACUGGAAUUAUGGGCCAUGCUGUGCAGACUGUUGAAACUGUGAACGAAGGGGACCAUGGAGUGAGAGAGAAGCUGAAACAUUUGUUCAUGUCUGGAGACUGCAAGGCCUACAGCCCUGAGGAUCUGGAGAAGAGAAAGAACAGCCUAAAGAAAUGGCUCGAGAAGAACCACAUCCCCAUCACUGAGCAGGGAGAUUCACGAAGGACUUUGUGUGUGGCUGGGGUUCUGACAAUAGAACCACCCUAUGGUCCAGAAAAUUGCAGCAGUCCUAAUGAGAUUAUUCUGUCCCGUGUUCAGGAUCUUAUUCAAGGACAUCUUGCAGCUUCCCAAUGAGAGGCCAAGACCUAUGGAUGCAUUCGACUGAAAUAACACUUCGUUUUUAUUCCUUCAUAAAAUGUUUUGAAUGUUAAAUCCAUGAUAUUACAAGAUUUCAGAGGCACACAAGUGUGUUUGUGUGUUUGUGUUUGUGUUCUCCAUUGUUUUGGUAAAAUCAAAGAUGUGGAUUAUGAGUGCUAAUAAAUAAGGGAACUAUGGCAGGGAUAGCAUCACAUGAAACAAUAGCACAAGAACAUUAGAAUUGCAAGACUCUGCACAGGUGGCAGCACACCUCGGGUUUUGUUAGGCAAGAAAUGUAUUUGAAAGAAAUGCAACACGUUUGAUUCAAUAUAAGAUGUCUUGUUAAGUCCCUUGCACUAACUGGAUGUGUCCAUUUUAAAAUAAUUAUUUAUUGUGUAAGGAUGAAAUAGCUUUUGAAUCAGAAUAUAGCGGAAUAUGUGCUUUUUUGUUUGAAGCUUGAAAGUUUCAACUACUUGUAAAAUCUUAACACAUAAGCUAUAUAACUUUUAAAGCCUUUCAAAGUGAGCACUGGCUGAUACCUCUAAAAAAAAAAAAAAUGGUAAGCAUCACGAGUAUUUUGCGCUGAACUGAAACGUGGUUCCUGUGCUUGGUGGAUUUGACCAAGGCUUUCGGCCCAUGCUGCUUUCUGCCCGUACUGCAUUCCCGGGUCAGGCUUUCCUGGAGGGAGAGAUGCAGGAACAUGCUUCACCAGAGCUGGCCCUACCCCGUGGAAGCCAGGCAGGGGCCAGGGCUCGAUAUGGAGGUUUCUGGCCUAGAAACCUAGGGCGGUAUCUCAGAUUGUCAUUUGAGGGUGUUCUCAGGGGCAGGUCUAGAGUGACCUCGGGGUUUUCACAUCAGAUUAGAACCCCAGGCCUCUGAUUCCCGAGGACACGGGUCAGCAGACUUUGAGACGUUGGGGCGAAUGCAGCCUGCUGCCUCCAUUUGGUAGGCUUUACUGGCACACAGCGUACCCACCAGUUUACGUAUCUUCCGUGCCUGUUUUUGAGUCAUGAUGGCAGAUUUGAAUAUUGUGACAAACUAUAUGGCUUGUAUUUACAGAAAAAUAGAGCCCUUUACAGAAAGUCUGCCCUAGGAAAUCCUUGAAGCAGCCUGAUAUGCCAGAGCUUGGAGCAGACUUCCAAGGCAGUUUGGAACUGGAUAGGCCAUGUGCGCUGCUACAGGGCAGCCUCACUCACUGCUCCCUGGUCUGUCCUCAGGGAUCAUCUGUGCACACAGCCCUUUCAGUUCCCACGUACGCCCCUUAUUCAAAAGAAAAGAGAAGCGGUACCUUUUGGAAGAAAGACUUCAAGAUAUUCAGGUUUUAGGGACGCCUGGGUGGCUCAGUGGUUGAGCGUCUGCCUUCCACUCAGGUUGUGAUCCUGGAGUCCUGGGAUCAAGUCCCACAUCAGGCUCUGCAUGAGCCUGUUUCUCCUCCGUCUUCCGAUGUCUCUCAUGAAUAAAUAGAAUCUUAAAAAAAUACAUUCAGGUUUUAGGGGGUCUUUGAAUGCAGCUCAGUAACAGCUAUUUCUCUGCCUAGUUGUCUAAUGACAGGAUGUAGCCUCACACUCCUCACACUUGAGCAAGCACCAGAAUCAGCCAGAGAGCUUGUUAAAACAUUGCAGGACCCUACCCCCAGCAGACUCUGGCUCAGUAGGUCCAAGUUGGGGCCCAGGCAUUUGAAUUUCUAACAAACUCCCAGAUAAUGGUAAUGCUACCUGUCUCGGGCCAUGAUUGCAAAAGUAAUUCAGGAACUUUGGGGGAAACAAAGUCCUUCCUUCACAAUCUUUAAAGUUCCCAUGAUCCUAAAGGGAUUUAGUACAUAGCCUUUCUCCUUGUGACUAAGACCUCGUUCAAGUCUUGGAAUGUCUUGGAAAAGCAAAUAGGAGAUGCAGAAUAAGAAAUUUAGUGUGGAAAUGAUUUUGGCAAAAUACGGGGAGACCUUGAGAUGAGAGAAGCCAUGUAGGAAAUUGCGCCUUGGUCCAAGGACAGGUGCACUGGUAUUGGUAGAUUUGUUUGCUGUCAGGCUAGUGAGCUGGGAGAGAGACUGUUUCUUGGCAACUGAGUCCUCCGAUUGUUUAAACAAUGCACCUGUGAACAAAACCUGAGUGCCCAAGAGGGUAAAUGAUCUGGCUCUGCCAUGGAAACCUCAUAUUCUUAUCAUUUUGUCAAAUCUAUUUGUAUUUCUAAUAUUUACUCCCAUGCAAUUACACACUAAUUAUGUAACUACAGCAUACAUGCACUGCUUUUAGCUUGUUUUAAUGUAAUUUCAGAUUUAUAGGAACUUUGCAAGAACAGAACAAACAAGUCUCAUAUAUUCUUCUCUCAGCAGAUGUUAACAUUUUACCACAUUUGUAUUGUCUAUGUGUGUGUGUUCAUUUUAUCCCCCUGAACUGUUUGAGAGUAAAUCAUGGACAUGAUGGAAAAAUGACAUUCUCUUAAAUAACCACAGUACAGCCAUCAAAAUCAGAAUAGUAACAUUGAUACAGUGCUGUGAUUUAAUACACACUUUAUCCAUAUAAUCUCAACGUCCUGUAUUGCAAAAAACCAAAAAACCCCCACAAAAUGAGUUUUAAAAUUUGGACAAUGUAUCAUGUUCAGUCAUGUCCCUUCCUUUAAUCUGGAAUAGUUCCUCAGUCUUUCUUUGAUUUAAUGGGACAUUGAUAUUUAUUUUGUGGAAUGACCCUCAAUUUGAGUUUGUCUGAUGUUUCCUUUUGUUGUAAUUUGGUAUGAUGUUUUUGGGUAGGAAUACCCUGGAAAUGAUAGUGUAUUUUCAAUAAAUCAUAUUGGGAGGCACAUAAAA